AUGCUCCCCAACUACAACAACCACUGGCAAGAAGCCAGACAUAGAAACACUAAUCGUCAACCAAACGUACCCUACAACGGCCCUGUCUUCCAUCGACCUCUACCACCUACCAAUCGCCGACCACCAACCAACCCAUCCAGCUAUAUCCCACCCCAUCGCCGACCUCCCUACAACACAGCCUACCAAUCAAGAGGUAGCCAUCGACCUGACCAACAACAGAAACGACUACCAGCCCACCGACGCCAAGCAGUCCCCACUCAUAAGGAGGAAGAACCCUUUGUGAAGGUGUUCUUCCAAGUUUUGCAGUGCCUCCAUCAUUUGGCAAUCCUUACCCUUCAACAGCAAGGCCAACCAGCGUUUACCUUCAAACGCAAAGUCUCUGAGUUGGAUAGUUUUACCCGUCCAGCAAUGAAAAUAUCAGCUGUCGACGAGAAUAUUAGAUCCCUCAAUCGGACAUGGCUCUGUAAGGUUAUGCAGGUCCUGAUCGACCAUUACCAAACCACACUUCAAGAGAAGCUGACCACCAUUCGUACCAAGUCUUUAUCAUCACCUGCCGUCGACCGCAUCGUUUCUCAUGCCCUGUCCUGGGCCCGUCGCUCCUAUGGGAAACGUCUCACUCAAGCUGUAAUCACCAAAUUCUACCAAACAAUCAACGAAACGAAAACCAGAGUAACCAUAUCUCUACCAACUGAAAUGGACACUACACCUGCAUCAUCUAGAGCCACCACGCUGCCGAACCAAACCCCUAAACGAGCUCCUAGUCCAGCAGACAUAGGUAAACGCUCUCGUAGAGAGGGCACUCCCCUUCUCUUUUCACUUUCAGACUCGUCUUCCCCUUCCACACCAUCAGAAUCUUCACUACGUGAUCCAGGAUCCGCCAACCUUUCUUCCUUCUGUGCGUUUUUGGACCAGCAAACCACCCCUCAGUCUCCAUCCAAGUCGAGACGUGUAUCCAGACCUUCCCCCCCUCGAACCAGAUCCCAGUCCGUUCCCAAUGCUACAAUUCUAACAACUACCAAACCAGUACCAAUCACACCGUCGACGACCAUUAUAUCCGCUACCAAACCGUAUUAUCACCAACCAAGGACAAAUCAUUAUGGAAGCUACCUGCUCUAA